AUGGAUGGCGAUAAAUCUUCCAGAAGUCAUACUUUACUUAAUUUUCACCAUUUUUUUUCCGGUAUAUCGGGCCAGGACUCCUCCGGUAUCUUACUCUUCGGAGAAUCGAGUUUUUCGUGGCUCAAGGCCUUAAAGUACACUCCACUAGUUCAAAUAUCGACUCCGUUGCCGUACUUCGACCGAGUUUCGUACACGGUUCAGCUUGAGGGUAUUAAAGUAGCUAAUUCGAUGCUACAGUUGCCAAAAUCGGUUUAUGCACCGGACCAUACCGGAGCGGGUCAAACUAUGGUCGACUCCGGAACUCAGUUCACGUUCCUUCUGGGCCCGGUUUACACCGCUUUGAAGAACGAGUUCGUGAGGCGGACAAAAGCGUCGUUGAAAGUUCUGGAAGACCCCAACUUCGUAUUCCAAGGAGAAAUGGACUUGUGCUACCGAGUUCCCCUGACUCGUCGGACUUUGCCUCCUUUGCCAAGCGUGACACUGAUGUUUCGGGGGGCCGAAAUGAGCGUAUCGGCCGAAAGGUUAAUGUAUCGGGUACCGGGCGAGAUAAGGGGAAGUGAUUCGGUGUACUGCUUUACGUUUGGUAACUCUGAACUAUUGGGUGUGGAGUCGUACAUCAUUGGGCAUCAUCAUCAGCAGAACGUGUGGAUGGAGUUCGAUCUGGCAAAAUCAAGGGUUGGAUUUGCAGAGGUUAGGUGCGAUCUAGCUGGUCAACGACUAGGAGUAGGUGUCUAGGUGUUUGAAUUUGUUGCUAUGUGUACAUGGCCAUCCUAAUA